AUGUUUGAGACAUCUAAAACUUUUAAGAUUUCUAAACCAUUUAAGCCAAUAAUUGAUAAAGCUGAAAUUAAGAAACCUUUUAAAUCUAUUAAGUUCAAUAAUAAGAUAUUAUACAAAGUGUCUCUUAGCCUUUUCAUUCUCUUAUUCAGAGCUCAACAUAAAGAGUGCUUUAGAAAAAAGGCAAUUGAACUUGAUAAGAAUCCCAGCAUAUUCAUAACUAUCACAGAAAAAGAUAGGCUUGAUUCCAUUACAUUUCAGAAUAGGAUAAAAACUGAUUCUCAGAUAUGCAAUUACACAAAAAAAGUAGAAGAAAACUCUAAUGAAUAUAUGGACAUAACAGUACAAAAAAGAUUAAUAGAAGAAGAAAUUAUCUGUUGUAGACUUGAGGAUAAUGGCAUGACAAUUUCAUGGCUUGAUACUAAUAAGAAAUAA